AUGACCACUCUUUGGGUGCUGCUGCACAUAGCCGCUCAGCGCGACUACGAGCUCCACUCUCUUGACUUCAGCACUGCUUUCUUGCAGGGUAGCCUGCACGAGGAGAUCUGGCUGCGCCGUCCACCUGGCUUUACUGGGACUUUCCCUCUUGGCACCCAGUGGAGCCUCCGACGGCCAGUCUACGGUCUCCACCAGGCACCGGGUGAGUGGCACGACACACUGAGGACUACGCUUGCGGCUCUUGGGUUUUCUCCCUCUACUGCUGACCCGUCGUUGUUUCUGCGCACCGACACUUCUCUGCCGCCGUUCUACAUCCUCGUGUACGUCGACGACUUGGUCUUUUCCACAGCGGACACUGCUGGACUCGCCUACGUGAAGUCCGAGCUGCAGAAGAGACACACGUGCACAGACCUGGGUGAACUGCGCAGCUACCUUGGCUUGCAGAUCACUCGGGACAGAGCACGCCGCACCAUUACCUUGACUCAGUCACACAUGGAGCAGCAGGUCCUUCAGCGCUUCGGCUUCACGUACUCCUCGCCUCAGGCCACUCCUCUGCCUACUCGCCACUCGCUCUCAGCUCUGCCUUCGGAUGAGUCCGUAGAGUCGAGUGGCCCGUACCCAGAGCUUGUUGGCUACCUCAUGUACCUGAUGACCUGCACUCGACCUGACCUUGCAUACCCUCUUAGCAUUCUCGCACGCUAUGUUGCUCCUGGGAGACACCGACCAGAGCACAUGGCUGCAGCGAAGAGGGUGUUGCGCUACUUGUGCAGUACGUCGGGCAUGGGGCUAGUGCUUGGAGGGCGGAGUCCAGUGGUCCUCACUGGGCACGUGGACGCUUCUUGGGCUGACGACCAGGCUACGCAGCGGUCGUCGCAGGGUUACACCUUCAGUCUUGGUUCCGGCUCUGUUUCGUGGCGGGCUACUCGCUCGUCUUCUGUUCUCGGCUCCAGUUGUGAGGCUGAGAUCUACGCCGAGGCCAUGGCUGCUCAGGAGCUUCGCUGGCUCACCUACCUGCUGACUGACCUUGGAGAGCCGCCUCGUUCUCCUCCAGUGCUGUACGUAGACAACAAGGCCAUGCUGGCCUUGUGUCGAGAGCAGCGCCUGGAGCACAGAACGAAGCACAUUGCUUUUCGGUACUUUAUUGCUCGUGAGCUGCAGCAGCGUGGUCAGUUGCGACUUGCGUACGUGGCCUCUGAGGCCAACACUGCUGAUGUUUUCACCAAGGCACUUCCGCCUUGUGAUCAUCAGCGUUUCUGUACUCAGCUGGGACUUGUCCCACUUGCUUUGGUUUGCUUUGCUUGA